AUGCUCUCCCAAGCCGCACGAAGCGCUUCCAGAACCUCAUUCAGACCGCUGCAGACGGUUUCCUACUCUUCAGUCCGCCUGCACCAUGGCUCGCCGCAAGAUGCCCCUCAUCUGAACUUCCGUUCGUUCGUCGAAGCCCUCAAGAAGGACGGUGAUAUCGCCGAGAUCAACGCCGAGAAGGAUCCCAACCUCGAAGUCUCAGCAAUCAUCCGCAGGUCAAACGAGACCGAUGACAAAGCGCCACUGUUCAACAACGUCAAGGGAGCGAAGAAUGGUCUCUUCCGCAUCCUCGGCGGCCCGGGUGCUCUCCGCGACCCCGCCAAGGGCAAAUACGGCAGGAUGGCGAGACAUUUGGCUCUACCGCCGGACGCCAGCAUGAAGCAGAUACUGGACAAGAUGCUCUCGGCAAAGGGUGUGCCACCGAAGCCACCACGGGUGGUCGAGACGGGCUCCUGUAAGGAGAACAAGAUCACGGGCGACGACAUCGACCUCACGGCGCUGCCAGCACCACUGAUCCACAAGAGCGACGGCGGAAAGUACAUCCAGACGUACGGCAUGCACGUCAUCCAAUCGCCCGACGGCAAGUGGACGAACUGGUCCAUCGCGCGGGCCAUGAUCUACGACAACAAGCACCUGGUGGGCUUAGUGAUUUCGCCACAACACAUCUGGCAAAUCCAGCAGAUGUGGAAGAAGGAAGGCAAGGACGUUCCAUGGGCGCUGGCCUUCGGCGUGCCGCCGGCAGCCAUCAUGGCGUCCAGCAUGCCGCUGCCCGACGGCGUGACCGAGGCGGGCUACAUCGGCGCCAUGACGGGCACGCCGCUCGACGUCGUCAAGUGCGAGACCAACGACCUGCUCGUGCCCGCCAACUCGGAAAUCGUCUUCGAGGGCACCCUGUCGACGACCGACUACGCGCCCGAGGGCCCCUUUGGCGAGAUGCACGGCUACGUCUUCCCGGGAGACUCGCACAUGUGCCCCAAGUACACGGUCAACUGCAUCACCCACCGCAACGACGCCAUCCUCCCCGUCUCCGCCUGCGGCCGCCUGACCGACGAAACCCACACCCUCAUCGGCUCCCUCGCCGCGGCCGAGAUCCGCCAACUCUGCCAGGAGGCCGGCCUGCCCAUAACCGACGCCUUCACACCGUUCGAGUCGCAGGUAACAUGGUGCGCGCUGAAGGUCGACACGGCGGCACUACGCGCCAUGAACAUCACCGACUCUGCAUCGCUGCGCAAGCGCGUCGGCGACCUCGUCUUCAACCACAAGGUCGGCUACACCAUCCACCGCCUGGUGCUGGUGGGCGACGACGUCGACGUGUACGACGGCCGCGACGUGCUGUGGGCCUUCAGCACGCGCUGUCGGCCUGGCGACGACGAGACGUUUUACGACGAUGUGCAGGCGUUCCCGCUGAUUCCGUAUAAUGGCCAGGGCUGGCACAACCCGACGCGGGGUGGCAAGGUCGUCAGUGAUGCGCUGAUGCCGAAGGAGUAUACCGAGGGCCGGAAUUGGGAGGCCGCGAGCUUUGAGGAGAGCUAUCCGCAGGAUGUGAAGGACAAGGUGCUGAGGGAGUGGGAGGCGAUGGGCUUCGAUGGCAGGAAGAACUGA